CCAAAUUGAAAAGUUUUUGGAUUUUAUGGAGGCUCAACAGUACCGUGCCAAUGAAAAAGAUGAAGAUGAAUUAGUGGUGGAGGGGAAUAAAAUUGGAUUGAAAACAGCAUUAGAGGAUGAUCCAAAUGCACCAAAACAGGACAAGUCUGCUUCUAAUUAUCAGACUAAAGUUACUGAUCCAACAGGCGCUAAUAGUGAGGAGGUGGGAACUACUCCGCUUGUAGAGUCAUUCGAGAAAAUGAGCGUAAAGGAAGAAACAAAGCCAGAGAAAGGAGCGUCAAUGAAGAACUACUUGGCAGAGAAAUUCAAGCCGCGAGAUGAAGAUAAAGCACUUUCUGAGGUCAUUUCAGGCAAACUUGCGGGACGGAAGGAUAAAACCGAGGGUACUGAACAGGCAAAGCCAACAGAAAAAGUGAAGGAAAAUUCAACGGAAAAAAUGGAAAAACCGGAGGGCGUGGCGACACAAAAAGGCUCUACCGAUGAACAGAGGGUGGCGCCUGCUGCUGCGGCGGCAACAACGCAUGUUGAAGGUGGAGGAAAGAGUAUGAUAAAUAGGCUUAAAGGUGUUGCUAGUUCAUGGCUUCACAAAGCACCAGCAGCAGCACCACCAUCACAACAGACUCCUACUAGUACUACACAUGGUACUUAAUUAGUUAGUUAUAAAUGCUUCUAUAUACUUUAUCAAAAGUUUGUUUUAUAUGUUGGUUUGUCUUGUGUUUGUUUUGUUAGGUGUUUGGUUUGAUCUUAAAGUGUAAUGAGUUGUGUAAAUAGAUUAUGUUUUGUUUUGAACUGAGUGGUGUUUGUUUUGUGUCGUA